AUGAAAUCACUACUCGUGGCUCAAUUCCUGGUGGCCGGUGGCCUGACAGUGGCAUCCGCCUUGCCCUCGCUUCAGUCACCUCGUGCCGACCAAGCUUCGAAUCCGUAUCCCCGGUGUCGAUUUGUGGCUGACUGGUCCCAGGAGGAUGUGCUCAAGGACCCGAGAGGCUUUGAACAGGAUCUCCUGUUUUGGGAGGGCAAGUUCCAUCAAAAUAAUGUUUCGUACAACUCGGCCAAUGGCAUGACGUAUGAUGGAACACAGCUCAACUGGACGACGGGAGCUCGUUCGAACAAGCAUCCCUUCAGUGCCGCCAGUAAAGAGGCUCUCCAGAUUAUGCUCUAUGCACACGCCGUAGCUGGCUCUAAAAAAGCAGCUCGCUUCCUUACUCCUGAUGAUCCCUCCAAGGCUCGCAAGCUUGCAGCAUCCAUCAUGAAGACAAAGCUUCAGACAUAUCUGCAAUUCAACGAGUCCAACCCGGGGUUCGGCGGCUUUCUGCCUUGGAUGACAACCAGCGAGCGCCAAUUGUCUCCAACCUGGGACUGGGUAAACCGAGUGCCUGCUUUGGACAACGGUGAGCUCGUUUGGGCCGUGUAUGCUUACAUCAGUGCCGCUGAGCAGAGACAGGAUCAAUCAAUCAGGGACAGCGCCAGGGGCUGGCAGAAUUGGUUGGACUAUGUCAAGACCACGGCUGUUACCGUAUUCUACCGCGGAGGGGGCCAUGUGUGCGCAGUGACAAAGAUGAACAACCAAACUCUGCCUCCCAAGCAUGCAAAGCAGGGAUACCAAUGCGAGGGCACAAACUACCUCGAUGACCCCUAUGAAGGCGAGCUGUUCACCCAUUUCUUGAACGCCUUUGGCGGGCUGUCUCGCGAAGAUAAGGACACACUGUGGGAGGUUAAGAGGGCGAAGCUUGUAAGUGUGGAAUACAACAUGGGCGGAGUUGGGCCCAUCACGGUCGAGCAAGGAUAUUGGUUCUCUAGCCACGAACCGUGGAAGGUUCUUGAGCUGCCAUACUACGAUGUUGACCUUGUGAGGAGGUUAUACCAUAACGCGGAGAGAGCAAGGACUUGCAACUCAGUGGUGACCAAGGUUCCUGGGCUCUUUGCAUCCGUCAACAACUCUACAGACCCGAACACGGAUGAAAUCAUUGGCUACAUCUCCCCUGCUGGAAUCCCCUCCAUCGCAAGCCAGAAAGAGCAGGAACACGAUGUCAUCACACCGUAUGGUGUCUGGCCCACCAUGCUGUUUGACAAGGCUGUUGGACUGGCGUGGUGGCGCAACAUGGUUGUCGCAAAGAAGAUGCAGAAUCUUUACGGGAGCACUGAAUCCACACGAGUAGACGGGAAACUGGUGUCGGCACUCGUUACUUGGGACAGCAAGAUUACAACCGUUGUGGCCCUUUUGGGUGGUGUAGGUGACCUCGUUCGUUCAAAGAUGAAGAUGGAUCGCAUUUACAAAGAUUUCAUCGCGAUCACAAAGAAAGAGUACGGUCUAGUAUUCAAGGAUUUGAAGGGCGAGGACAUUGCACUUUGCUUGCCCAACGAGACGGUGCCGGAUGCCGGGUUGGAGGACUUUACCCUCUGUUCCGCAUAG